AUGGCGGCUCCCGAGGGAGUGUGGUGCCCAGCCUGCGGGCUGGCGGCCCUGGCCCCCACCACACAGCGGGACGUACUCAUCGCGCUGGCAAAGCAGAGCAUCCUCUCCAAGCUCCACUUGCCAGACAGGCCCAACAUCACUCAGCCCACAUCCAGGGGGGCCCUGCUGACCGCUCUCCGCAGGAUGCGUGCGCAGCGCCUGGACGUGGCUGUCUCCCCAGGGAUGCCCCAUGACAGCAGCAUCCCACACCUGCAUCCGGGGAUGGGUGUGCAAGAGUUCGAGAUCUUGAGCUUUGCUGAGUCAGGGUCUUCCACCUCCCACAGCGUUCGUCUGCAUUUUCGCUUCACCCAGGAGCUGGCUGGGAGCGCCGAGAUCCUGCAAGCCACCCUCUACCUGUUCUGGGAAGUGCCUGGCCCCAGGACCCCCCCUGUCACUGUCAGACUCUUGCAGCCGGACCCAAAGGGGCUGAACGUGACCGUGGCCAGCGAGACACAGCUGGAAGUGCAGAGGGCUGGCUGGGCCACGCUGGACGUGCGCCAAGCUGUGCAGAGCCUCUUUGGCCAAGGGAGCCAGAGGCUCACUGUGGAGCUGGAGGUGGCGGAGGACUGGGGCUCUCCCCUCCUGGCCGCCCACAGUGAUUCCCACUGGCCAUUUGUGGCAGCCCAGGCCCGGGCCAGGACACCCCACCGGGUCCAGCGGCGUGGCAUUGAUUGCAGUGGGAACUCUCAGAUGUGCUGCCGCAAGGAAUUCUUCGUGGACUUCAAGGAGAUUGGCUGGGAGGACUGGAUCAUCCAGCCGGAGGGAUAUCACAUGAACUACUGCGCCGGGCUCUGCCCCCUGCACAUGGCUGGCAUCCCUGGCCUCGCCGCCUCCUUCCACACGGCUGUCCUCAACCUCAUCAAAGCCAACAACGCGGAUGCAGCCAUGGACUCCUGUUGUGUGCCCACGGAGCGUCGCCCCCUCUCUCUGCUGUACUACGACCGCGACAGCAACAUCGUCAAGACCGACAUCCCCGACAUGAUUGUGGAUGCCUGCGGUUGUCAGGUCGUCAGGUGCCACACUUGCACCGCCGGACACGAGGUCGGAGGCCUAGAAGCCAUGUGUGCAUUCCAGUUCAGCCGUACACAAGACCGGGACGUUCACAUCCUGCAGGCUCAGCUUUGGCUCUAUCUUCGAGUUCCCCGAGACCUGGCAGCCGGCCUCACCCUGAAAAUCUUCCUUGCUGCUGGGGAAGGUGAUUUGGUGGGGGGCAAUCGCACGCUGCUGAGUGAGAGGCGACUGAGUGCUAAGGGCAGCGGCUGGCGUGCCUUCACGCUUAUGCCUGCCCUGCAGAGCUUCUUUGGGGGAGAGCGCAGGACCCUGCGGCUGGAACUGGAGAGCCGUGGGGAUGAGGGGGAGGGCAUGGCAAUAGUCAAUGCCAGCCGGUCCCACCAGCCUUUCUUGGUGGCUGAGGCAAAGGUGCGGGAGCCAGGACACCACGUGGCCAAGCGCAGCCUCCGCUGCAGCCAGAACUCCAACCUCUGCUGCCGCAAGGACUACUACGUGGAUUUCCGUGACAUCGGUUGGAAUGACUGGAUCAUUAAGCCUGAGGGCUACCAGAUAAACUACUGUGUGGGCCAGUGCCCUCUACACGUGGCGGGCAGCCCUGGUAUGGCCUCUUCUUUCCACACAGCUGUCUUCAACCUCAUCAAAGCUAACAACAUCCAGGCAUCAGGGCACUCUUGCUGUGUGCCCACACGACGCCGGCCACUCUCAGUCCUCUACUUUGAUCGCAACAGCAACAUUGUCAAGACUGACAUCCCUGACAUGAUUGUUGAUGCCUGUGGCUGUAGCUAG